AGAAAGUUGUGGUAUUAACAGAAAAUGCCAAGUAAGAAAAGUAAAUGUUUUUCUGGCCCCAAAAAUAAUUCAACCAAAGAGCAGAAUGUAGAAAGUAAUGGAGUUACUGGCCUCACUUACAGAAAUCUGACUGAGCACAAGGAACCUUGGUACCUGCAAACCAGCGCAAUGGUUACUUCAGCACCGUAUCUGCUACCUCAUCUAGAUAUACGAGAUGAUGAAAUGACCUUUCACCACAAAUAUGAACCUAGUUUAAAAACAAUGAUUCCUGUCCGCCUCAAAGCAAAAUCUGCUGUUAACCCAAUGGAUAAUGCAGGACUGUUCUCAUUUGCUACAUAUUCUUGGCUUUCAUCUUUAAUGAUCAAAGGAUACAGACACAAUAUUAACGCGGACACCUUACCUCCAUUAUCAUAUCAUGAUAGUUCAGAGCCAAAUGCAAAAAGAUUUCGACUCCUUUGGGAAGCAGAGCUUGCAAGAGUUGGGCCUGAAAAAGCUUCGUUGGUCAGAGUAGUUCUUAAGUUUCAGAGAACAAGAAUUUUGGUGGAUGUGAUAGCAAACUUCAUUUGUAUUAUCUUGGCUGCUUUAGGACCAACUGUGAUCAUUCAUAAAAUUCUACAGCACAGUGAAAGCGUCUCCAAAGACAGCAUUCAGGGAAUUGGACUCUGCAUAGCACUUUUUCUUGCUGAACUUUCCAAAGUAACAUUUUGGGCAUUGGCGUGGGCCAUCAACUACCGUACAGCUAUACGAUUAAAAGUUGCUGUAUCUACAGUAGCUUUUGAAUAUCUAUUAGCAUUUAAGUCUUUGACACACAUCUCUGUUGGUGAGGUCAUUAAUGUAUUAUCUAAUGAUGGCUAUCGAAUGUUUGAAGCUGCCUUAUUUUGUCCUCUGCCAAUUACUGUGCCUGCACUAAUGAUCGUUUGUACCAUAUAUUCUUGUCUUAUUCUUGGUCCCACUGCACUCACAGGAACAUUUGUUUAUAUUAUAUUUAUACCUCUACAGAUGCUCAUGGCUAAGCUCACAUCCGUAUUCCGACGAGCUGCUAUUUCAGUGACUGAUAAGCGUGUGCAAACAAUGAAUGAGAUUUUAACAUGCAUUAAAUUGAUUAAAAUGUAUGCUUGGGAAAAAUCUUUUGGAAAGGCAAUCAAAGGUAUAAGAAAUGUGGAAAGGAAAAUACUGGAAAAAGCAGGAUAUGUACAAAGUGUAAACUCUGCUCUGACACCUAUUGUAUCGACACUGGCUACUGUCAUGACAUUUGUUUUACACACCCUUUUAAAGCAAGAACUAACUGCAUCAGUUGCAUUUAGUGUGAUUGCCAUGUUUAACGUAAUGAAGUUUUCAAUUGCUAUCUUGCCGUUCUCAGUGAAAGCAGCAGCAGAAGCUAAAGUUUCCCUAACAAGAUUGAAGAAAAUUCUCCUAACUGAAAUUCCUCCUGUUUAUGUAAAGCAACUGAAAAAUUCAGAAAAUGCCGUGGUAAUGGAAAAUGCUACACUGUCUUGGGAACGUCUGAAUGAACACAGCAGAAAGAACAAUAAUGAAAACAGUAUGAAUGGGAAGAGUGCUUAUAAAUACCAGCCAAAACCAGAGCCUGUCCUUCCUCACUCUGAGACAUCAAUCAGAGAAACAGGAAAAGAGGGUAGUGCAGCAAUUGCUUUAUACAACUUAAGCUUUACUGUGAAGAAGGGAAAGAUCUUGGGAAUUUGUGGAAAUGUUGGAAGCGGAAAGAGCUCAGUCAUAUCAGCUAUUCUAGGACAGAUGUACUUGUAUGAUGGGACAGUAGGUAUUGAUGGAACAUUAGCUUAUGUGUCACAACAAGCAUGGAUAUUUCAUGGAAAUGUUAGGCAGAAUAUAUUAUUUGGAGAAGAAUACAAUGAAGAAAGGUACAAUUAUGCAAUCCAUGUGUGCAGUCUGAAGUCAGAUAUGGAAACUCUUCCUUAUGGAGAUUUAACUGAAAUAGGUGAAAGAGGUCUCAACCUCUCUGGAGGCCAGAAGCAAAGAAUCAGCUUAGCUCGUGCUGUUUAUGCCAAUAGAGACAUUUACUUGUUGGACGACCCCCUAUCAGCAGUUGAUGCACAUGUUGGAAAAUACAUUUUUGAGAAAUGCAUAAAAGAGGCCCUUAAAGGAAAAACAGUAGUUCUUGUAACUCAUCAACUACAGUAUUUAGAAUUCUGUGAUGAAGUCAUUUUAUUAGAAGAUGGAGAAAUAUAUGAAAGGGGAACUCACAAAGAUUUAAUGAAAGAAAAAGGACGCUAUGCUCAGCUAAUUCAAAACCUCUAUAUGGAGCAAGCAAAGGACCCAGAAAUUAUUUUGACUGGAUCAAUAAAAGAACCAACGAGCAAAACUCAGGAUAAGAGUGAUUCCUCAGGAAGUUCUUAUGGAGGAGUUGAAAAUCCUGCUUUUGUUAUGUCUGAUGAAGAAAUCAUCAUAAAGGAACCUGAAAGAGACCCACAAAGGGGAAAUAACACAGCUCCUGUAAACCAACUUGUUAGAAAAGAGGAAAAACAAGAAGGCUCAGUGACAUGGAAAACCUAUCACGCUUAUAUUAAGGCAUCUGGAGGUUUCAUACUGUCUUCCUUUGUUGUACUUCUCUUUAUUUUGAUGAUUGGCUGCUCAACCUUCAGCAAUUGGUGGUUAAGUUUCUGGCUAGAACAGGGCUCAGGGACAAACUGCAGCCUCCUGAGUAAUGAAACAGAAUAUCCCAUUUGUGAUAUGGGAAGCAUCUCGGAUAACCCCAGACUGCACUUUUACCAGUUAGUCUAUGGAAUGAGCAUGGUGACCAUGAUUGUCCUAAGUAUCAUCAAAGGGUUUGUUUUCACAAAGACAACGUUAAAGGCUUCUUCAAUGUUACAUGAUGAUGUAUUUUAUAAGAUCUUACUGAGUCCAAUGAGUUUCUUUGAUACAACUCCCACUGGUAGGCUAAUGAACCGUUUUUCUAAGGAUAUGGAUGAAUUGGAUGUGAGACUUCCAUUUCAUGCAGAGAAUUUUUUGCAGCAGUUUUUUAUGGUGAUCUCUAUUCUAAUCAUAAUAGCCAUUGUGUUUCCGUUCCUCCUAAUUGCAGUUGUUGUCCUAGCUACUAUUUUUGUUAUUCUCUUUCGAAUUUUUCAGAGAGCCAUCAGAGAACUAAAAAGAAUGGAAAACAUUAGCAGAUCUCCAUGGUUUUCACACAUUACUUCUUCUGUGCAAGGCCUCAGUGUAAUUCAUGCUUAUAAUAAAAAAGAAGACUAUAUCAACCAGUUUAAAAUGCUAAAUGAUGAAAACUGCAGCCAUUUUCUGCUGUUUAAUUAUGCACUACGCUGGUUUGCGAUUAGAACGGAUAUCCUCAUGACCUUGGUAACCUUCAUUGUGGCAUUAUUUGUUGCUUUGAGCCCUUCUUUUAUUAGUACUGCAGCAAAAGGCUUGGCUUUGUCCUAUAUUAUUCAGUUGAGUGGACUUCUCCAAGUAUGUGUAAGAACAGGGACUGAGACAGAAGCUAAAUUCACUUCUGUUGAACAGAUACAAGAAUAUAUCUCGACGUGUGUUCCUGAGGCCUCCCAGUGUGCAGAUAUAGUGAACUCUCCCAAAGGCUGGCCAGAUCGAGGGGACAUCACAUUUAAAGAUUACCAGAUGAAAUAUAGAAACAACAGUCCUGUGGUUCUCAAUGGCUUAAAUAUGAGCAUUCAUGGUGGAGAAACAAUUGGUAUUGUUGGAAGAACAGGCUCUGGACUCCAACAGGUUCCCAAGGCAGAACUUUCUCACCACUCCAAUAUUGUUCUGCCUCCUCUGGGCAUCUUCCCACAUCCCAGCUACUGGAGGGACUGGCAAUCCUGGUUCCACCACAGGACUUUUUGAGUCAUCCUCCUUAUGGAUGGAGAGGUGAUGUUUCAGCAGAUAUGGAUCCAAGUGCUGAGCAACCCUGGGAUCAGGUUCCACCAGAUCUAUCUUCAGCUCAGAUGGUUGUGCCUGACACGUUUUCUAAAGAGGAAGAUAGAGAUAGCUCCUCUUUUUGAACAAGAGCAGAUAGAUACAGACUUUGAUGUGACUUGUCACCUGAUUAGCAGGUAGGUGUUGCUUCUGCUUUGUCUCCUUCUGAGGAUGCUUUGCAGUUUCAUGACCUGGUGGACCACAUGGCAUCCACAUUGAACUUACCUUCUGUGGCUGUGGAGGAAACCUUCCACCCAGUAUUGGACAUUCUUGGGGCUGCCUUCUGGAAUAGGAUGUGGUUGCGGAUACUGGAUGGUCUUCUGCAGCCUACUAGGACUGUUUGGGCAACCCCUGCUUCCAGUCAGUGUAUUUCUGAAAAAGUAGAUAAUUGUAUGAGAUACCUCAAGACUUGGGGUUUUCUUACUGUCACACUCACCCUCUGCCUAAUUCACUGUGGUGGCUGCUGCCAGUAAUAAGUUUAGGUCCAGUUAGGCCCAUUAGACUCUUGACAGAGAGGGGGAGAACGUUUUUUUUCUUCCUCGUCUCUUGGUAUUAGAAUGACUAAUUACCAGGUGGUCAUGGCAUCUGAGUUUGUUCAGGCUUUGCCAGACAAUAAGAGAAGGCUGGCAAAUAUUAUUUUGAUGAAGGGACAAAAUGUGAAGCAUGCUCUCAGGGCUUCAGCUGAUGCUUCUCACUCUUCCACUAGAGCACUGGCAUCUGUAGUUACCUUAAGGAGACCUUUUUGGCUUUGUUCCUCUUCACUGGCUGUGGAUACCAAAUUAAAAUGGAAGAUCUUCUUUUUGAGAGGGAUGCAAUAAGACUGAUGAAUUUUUGGAAAAAUUAACAGAUAGCAAAUCCACUGCUUGUUCACUGGGUAUCUAUCCCUGGUUCAGAAAGAGACCACACUCCUUGUUUCCAUUAUCAGAGACAAUUUUACCUCAGUCAUUUGCUUAUUUUUCUCAAAUCACAGAUGUCAGCAUCAGUAAGCUUUGUUUUCAUCUCAGAGCCAGUGCAAGAAGAAGGCUUUUAGAUACACACCUAAGACAAAACAACCUGCUCCCUCCUCUUUACCUUCCUUGAACACCAGGCCUGACAUUUGAUGUGAGGAUCGAGAGUCAGGAACCAAUAAGUGACAAUUCCUCCCUUCCUUUAUUUGGAGACAGGCUAGUCAUUUUCAUAAACAAUUGAAGGCUUAUUACAUCAGACAAGUGGGUUCUAGAAAUCACCGAGGAGGGGUAUGCCAUAUAAAUAAAAAAACUACCCUCUUUCAAAUCUCCCUAAUCUUCCUUUUACAGAGAACUGUCUCAUGAGGCUAUUCUUCUAUCACAAGUUCAAAAACUGCUUCUGCUAGGUGUUGUCAAAGAGAUAUCCAAACAUCUUUGGUGUCCGGGUUUUAUUCAAGAUAGUUCCUGGUAUAGGAAAAGAUGAGGGAUUCUCUUCAAUUUUAGAUCUCAGAAAACUGAACAAGUACAUGUGGAAGUUCUGGUUUUUAAUGUUUCAAUCCAGCUAAGCCUUUGUUUUGUUAUGGCCCGGCAACAUUUCCAGUACAAGGUCCUGCUGUUUGGCCUUUCUACAGCACUACGAGUCUUUACAAAGUGGCUCUCUGUAGUAGCAGUGUAUUUAAGAAAGCAGGGUGUGUUUGUUUACCUAUAUUUGGACAACUGGCUGCUGAAGUCUUCUUCAUGUGAGGGCCUGCUACUUCAUAUCAACUCCACAGUCUCCCUACUCGUGGAUCUAGGGCAUUAAAAAGUAUGUUCUGAUGGCAGUUCCAUUAUUUACUAUUUUUCAUACAGACAAGAUGGUUCUUAGAACUGACCCCAAGUUUCUGCAAAAAUAGCAUCUGAAUUACCCAUCAAACUAUUAAUUUGUUUUCCCUAAUUUUUCCCCCUUAAGCCACAUGCUAAUGAAAGGGAAUUGGAGUUACAUACUUUAGAUGCUAGAAGGAUUCUGGCUUAUUAUUUAAAUAGAACAAAGAGUUUUAGAACGUCAUCUAGGUUAUUUAUCUCUUAAGCUAAGAAUCAUAUGGGUAAUAGUGUAUCUAUUCAGACUAUUUCUAGAUCAGUUAAACAAUGUAUAACUGAAUGUUAUAAGUUAGUGGCAGUUCCUGUGCCUGCUAUUGUGAAGUGCCAUUCUACUAGAGCAAUGGUAACAUCUCUUGCAUGCCUUAAACAUGUUCCUAUUGGAGAAAUCUACUAAGCUGCUACUUCGAGGUGAGUCUAUUGUACUUUUACCAAAAAAUAUGCUUUGGAUUUUGCUUCAAGAGCAGAUGCCAGAGUUAGUAAGAGACAUGCUUCAAUCAUUAUUUGAUUAGGACUCUGUUCCCUCUUCUUGAAAUUUCAGCACUGUGUACCAAACUACUCAUAACUAUGAAUAUGCAGAGUCACUCAAAGAAGAAGUGAAGGUUGGCUACUUGUAACUGGAGUUCAAGACAACUCUGCAUAUUCACACCACAACUCGGGUACAAGUAAAUAACCUUCCCCUCUUUCUCAGAGUCUUACCUUGGUUCUCUGGGUUAGUGGUGGAAAGAACAAGGUGGAAGGGGGCACACCACCACCUCAUAUAGAUUACCCUUAGAACAUUUGAGGAUGCUGAGAUGGCGGCACAUGUGUACUCUAUGGGCACUACUUGGAGAAGGUUCUAUCAUUAGGCACCACCAGGCGGCACAUUACCCAUAAAUGGAUAUUUACAGAGUCUUCUGGAAGAACUCUGGUUACAAGUAAGUAUCCUUCAUUUAUAAUUAACAUUAUUGGCAAACUUCUUAACAUAUUCAGCAGAGAGCCCAAGAAUGAAUAAGCAUGGAGAAUGAACUUACCUCUCACCUUCGAAGUGAUCAAUUUGUAUAAGUGUUGAGACACAUUGAAGCGGUACAGACAACUACAUUUUAGCAACUUGCACUGCUGCUAACUGUGCUAUAACUGAUCUGUGAGUAAAACAGAGUUCGGAUCACACAUAUAUCAAACCUGGAACUUUCCAGGUAGACUAAAAUGCACUUUACAUCAUUGUUUAUAAAAGUCAAAGUUUAUCUGAAUAAUAUUUUUUUUUAUCCCCUACAGGAAAAUCAUCAUUAGGAGUUGCACUCUUUCGACUAGUAGAACCAACUGCUGGUACUAUCCUAAUUGACGAUGUUGAUAUCUGUACUAUUAGUU